UUCACUUCUUAAAAUUACUAAAAAUAAAAAAAUAAAAAUUUUAAAAUGGAAGUUGCACAAAUUCUGUGCAUGAACAAAGGAGGGGGAGAAACGAGUUACGCUCGAAACUCAUCUCUUCAAAGCAAAAUCAUAUCCGAUUCAAAGCGAAUCACUGAAGAAGCAGUUGAAUCCCUGAUAAUCACUUUCUCCAAUAACAACGACACAACCAGCGUUAUUUCUAUUGCUGAUUUGGGCUGCUCAUCUGGGCCCAACACAUUACUUCUAGUCUCCGAUACGCUCAAUCUUAUCUACUCUAAAUGCAAACGCCUCACCUACCCACUACCCGAAGUUCAGGUUUUCCUCAACGAUCUCUUCAGCAAUGACUUCAACUACAUAUUUGGGUCGCUCCCCGAGUUCCAUCGACGUCUUGUGGUCGAGAACGGUGGGGAAGUCGGGCCUUGUUUUAUAUCCGGGGUGCCGGGGACUUUUUAUGGAAGGUUGUUUCCAAAAAAGAGCUUGAAUUUUGUACAUUCUUCAUCUAGUUUGCAUUGGCUUUCGACGGUUCCAGAAGGAUUAUUGGAAGGGGAAGAGAAAAGAAGGAUGAAUAAAGGGAAGCUUUAUAUAUCUCCAACGAGUCCGAGGAGUGUGUUGGAGGCUUAUGGUAGACAGUUUAAAAGUGACUUUUGGAAGUUUAUAAAAUCGAGAUCUGAAGAAAUGGUUAGUGGUGGGAGAAUGGUUUUAUCUCUUAUGGGGAGGAAAUCUAUAGAUCCUACGACUCCUGAUAGUUGUCAUCAUUGGGAGCUCUUGGCUCAGGCUUUAACCACCUUGGCUUCUCAGGGAUUAGUUGAAGAGAACAAAAUAGACUCAUUUAACGCACCAUACUAUGCGCCAUGCAUGGAAGAAGUGAAGGAAGAGAUAGAGAAAGAAGGUUCAUUCAUGAUAGAACGGUUCGAAGCAUUCGAGGUUGAAUGGGAUGGGUUUGCCAGUGAGGAUGAGAAUGGCCUCAAAAUUCUAACCAGAGGCCAACGAGUGGCUAAGACAAUAAGAGCAGUGGUUGAAACCAUGUUGGAGUCUCAUUUUGGUGGCCAUAUUAUGGAUGCUUUGUUUCAACAUUAUGGGACCAUUGUUCAACAUUAUUUGUCUAACAAUAGAACUAAGUAUACCAAUUUGGUUGUUUCUUUUGUAAAGAAAUAAUGAAUAUAUGUAUCUCUCUAUAAUUGUGUUAACUUUGCUGUUGAGAUAAGAUUAGACCCAAAAAUAGCAAAGUUAAAUCAUAAUUAUUAUGUCUCUUGUCUAAUUUAUAGUUUAUGUAAACCAAAAGUUCAUAAAUAUUUGUAGUUUUUGUUCUUUUGCUAUCAUUGGAAAGCUUUUCUUUGAAA